AUGAAGUCUUUGUGUUUGCUGUUGCUGUUAGUCAGCUCUUCGAUUGGGGUUCGCUGUCAACUGCAGUGCAAUUCGGGGUCCAGUGCGCGGCAGAAGCGCAUUGUCAUACGAAAUCCGGGAGCUGGGGAGCUAAGCAAGCUGGCUAGCUGCCACUAUGAGGUAGCGCCGUGGAGUGCACAGGUCUGUCAAGUGCGCAUCGAUUUCGAGCGCUUGGAGCUGGCGCAGCCAAAACUCAAUGCCAGCACGCAGCUGCUGGAGUGCGUCGAUUUUGUGCAGGUGCAGCGUUUUCAGCUCUGCGGCCGCAACAACGGACAGCAUUUGUACGUGCACUUGCAACGGGGCCAGACACUCAAACUGCACUUCAACUUGGCCAGCCACUCGACGCAGUCCACGUGGCAGCUGACGCUAACACAAAUCGAGUGUCUGCAGCAGCACACGCAGCAGCCAGCAGCUGCGCCCGCCGCAGCCAGUGCUCCCCAGUUGCCGACAGUGCGACCUCUGCUGCCCCUCCUCAGCAAUUUGCUGCCACGCACCAUUUUUGGGGCCAACUCCGCUGGGGGACCGGCAGCUCAGCUCAUUCAGACACUGACAGCACCCUCGCCAGCGGAUCUGGAACUGCAGGCUCCACUCGGCUGUGAUCAGUACUGGCGCAGCUCGUCGGGCGGCAUUGUUAGCUUCAAUUUCGCUGGCGGCGUUUAUAUGGCCAACAUGAAGUACGCCAUCUGUGUGGCAGGUGGGGCUGAUCGUGAAAUCAGCUACAAGAUAGAACACUUUGCUUUAUCGAAAUUCAAUGGUGCUCCUGGGCCUGGCUACGAUACGGACUGUCACAGUACGGUGCGCACUAUGGGGCGUGCCUCGGACUAUCUGUUAAUACCCAACUCAUAUGUGGCCGAUAAUCAGGCGCUGCAGCCCACCUAUUAUUGUGGCAAUGGCCUGGCUGGCAGCAAACUAAUCGCACGUCCGCCCUUCGUCAUUCAUUUCAGCAGCGAUGCGCAGACGAGCGAUACUGAAACGGGCUUCCAACUGACAUAUGCCGUGACAAAAGCCGUCUAAAUUGCAGACCAAAUUAUAUAGAUAUAUAUGUAUGUAUGUAUGUGUAUAUUAUAUUUGCAUAUUGACAUUAUUAAAUGUGGCACAGUUACAGUGGG